AAUAAGUGGAAAAUAGUUAAAACAAAAAAAUGGGCAAAAAGAGCAAAGCCAACAAAUUGGCCAAAAUGUCGGAGGAGGAGCGAGCGCGUUAUAUGCAAAUGCGCGCUGAUAUCGAGGAGGAGGCGCGGCGCCGCAAGGUGCAACUGAUAUCCCUCUUCAUGAAGAAUAAACUCAAACGUGAAGAGGCUUUUUGUCGCCUGAAUAUGGCCAAAAUCAAUCAGGAAUGGCGUUCGAUUUUGCGACAAGUGAAAGUACAGGAAUUGCGCAAGGAAAUUGAAGAGUUGCAGAAAUUCUUUCAAGAACGACUCGAUCGCAAAGACCGUAUUAUUAAACGAUUGCUCAACGAUAUCGAUAUAGCAGAGGAUAUGUAUUCGACGCUGCAGCAAUCGCAUAUGGAAAUUGUUAAUAAAAUGAUUGGUCUCCAACAACAGCGUAUGCAAUUCUUGAAAGACAACUAUGAGCAAAAUAAAAUAACUCUAUUAAAUGAGUACGAGAGAGACUACAUUGAUUUUCAAGAAAAAAGACAGUGUGCCUUGGAAGAACUCGAGUGUGUUAAGUAUCAGCUGGAAGAUGAAGGCGAUAGGCAAGCCGCUGAACGUGAAGAAAGGCAUCUGCAGAACUUGGAUGAUCUGAAGAGUGAGAUGCAACUCUACAUCGAGAAUAUCACCCAAAGUGGUGAGACGAAACUCGAGCGUCUGUGGCAGGAAUAUCAAGAUGUGCUCUCCGGUUAUAUGCAACAUACAGAGAGCUUCUACACCGAGUACAUAGAUCUGAAGGAGCGUGAUGAGGAGAGCACGAAUCUUAUACGCGAUCAUUGUUAUGAAAUUGAACGAGCCAGCGAUCAGUUAGCCCAUCUGAAAUUAGUCUAUGCCGAUACAGUAGAUGGAAAUGAAGUGAAAACUAUAUACUUCGUCAAGAUUAGAGAUGAUCUACAGCAUCGUUUAGAAAAGUCUAAAGCUGAUUUCGAAACCGAACAAAAAGCCGACGAAGAGCGCUUUAAGCUAAUGAGUGUUGUGAGCUACAAUACAUUAAAGCAUCUGAAAAGCAUCGCUGCUGAGGGCGAAACCUUACUCCAAUUGGCAUUCAUUUGUCGCAAACAUGAAACCGAACGAGAGCAAUUGCUUCCCUUAGGCUUGCCGCCGCUUAGCAAGCCGAUGUUUGAGGAGGCACAAAGCUCUGAAGAAGUGGAAGCGGCGAAGGAUGUAGAACAACCGCCUAAACAUUUGGAUGAGAACACUUUCGACAAUUGGAUGUUGAUGGAAAAUUUUUGGCGUCGCGUCAACAAUGCACGCGUUGAUGUCGUCUGCAUGAAGCGACAGAAGAAAUCGCUUGAAAACGAAAAUGCUCUACUCAAAGCACAGCUCCAGGAGCAUCUAAUCAACUUGAAUAUCAGCAAUGGUUCCAAUCUGCACGUCAACGACUAUCUAGCCAAGCGACCGAGCAGCAUGCGUGUGGAUCGUGUGCAGCAAUUAGUGAAACACGACGACCAGCGACAAACGAAAUGUCGCAGCGCUACCGAGGUACGCCGCUCCUCGGGAAAUUUCAGCAGCAGCCACGGCGUUAGACGCCCCAUCACUGCGUGCAUUGAGGCAAAUUUCACCAGCACCGUGCGGACGGCCCGUCUGCUGCGCGGCAAGCCGAAAUUGGCGAAAAUUGAGUCAUUCGUGCGGAUGUAAGCUUUUUUCUGCGUUCAAAAAGUUGUUUCUAGCUGGUAUGCCAUUAAUUAUGUCGACAAAAAUGGAUAAAUAAUUUCAUAGCAUUUAAGUUAUAAAAUUUAUGUGUAAGUUUAAAGUGACAUAAAUUGUCGGACGA